CACUUUAUCAUUACAUUCUCUUCUCUGUUCAUUUCACACUCAAUUUCAUCAAAUGGGUUUGGAUUUCCUCACCAAGAAGCCAUAUUCGCCUCCUUCAUGGGCCUCUCACCUCAAUCCCAUACCUUCUCACUUCAUCUCUCUCGGCCAUCUUCCUACUCCUAUUCACAAAUGGAAUCUUCCUAAUUUGCCAAACAACACUCAAGUUUGGUUGAAGCGUGAUGAUCUUUCUGGGAUGCAAUUGAGUGGUAACAAAGUAAGGAAGUUGGAGUUUUUGCUGGCAGAUGCUGCAGCACAAUCUGCCGAUUGUGUCAUAACAAUUGGAGCAAUCCAAAGCAACCACUGCCGUGCAACUGCCGUGGCCGCCAGAUAUCUCAAUCUCGAUUGUUAUGUUAUAUUAUUCACCUCUAAGGAUAUUGUGGACCAAGAUCCAGGAUUGACAGGCAAUCUCCUGGUGGAGCGGUUAGUUGGAGCUCACGUUGAACUAAUUUCAGAAACAGAAUAUGCAAAUAUUGGGAGUGUGGCUCUUACCAACCACCUCAAAGAAAAGCUGAUAAGUGAAGGGAGGAGGCCAUAUGUCAUUCCUCGUGGUGGAUCAAACUCCUUAGCAACCUGGGGCGAUAUUGAGUCGAUUAGAGAGAUUGAGCAGCAACUCCAAAGUGGGAAUAAUGCUGAUUUAAAGUUUGACGACAUUGUUGUAGCUUGUAGCAGUGGUGGUACAGUUGCUGGUGUCUCAUUGGGAUCAUGGAUGAGCUCGCUCAAAGCAAAAGUUCAUGCAUUCUCUGUUCGUGAUGAGCCCGACUACUCCUAUGACUUUGUGCAAGCCCUAAUUGAUGGCCUUGGAGCUCAUGGGGUUGCCUCGCGUGAUAUUUUUACCAUACACAAUGCCAGAGGUAUGGGAUAUGCAGUUAGUACUCCAGAGGAGACAAAAUUUCUUAAGGACAUUGCUGCAGCCACUGGUGUUGUUCUUGACCCUGUUUAUAGUGGGAAAGCUGCUUAUGGAUUGUUGAAAAACAUGAGCGAGAAUCCAAAGAAGUGGGAAGGGAGAAAGAUCCUCUUUAUACACACUGGCGGGUUGCUAGGGUUGUAUGGAAAGGCUGAGCAAAUGGAGGUAGGAAAUUGGCGCCGAAUGGACAUCCCUAAAUCUGCUUCGCCAGAGGAUGGUAUUGUAAAGAUGUUCUAAGAAAAAUAGCUAAUAAUAAACGAAUCAGCGGGUUGUGAAGUUGGUUUGCUUUCCUUCUAUUGCCGGGGGUUCAUUCAACAAAAAUAUCAAUAAAAGGACAAAUAAGCACUUGGACUGCCCUAGGGUUUAGGGUUUAGGAUUUAGGUGCAUCGAGUAGGUCUUUUAUGUUUUAGUAAUAAAAUCCCCCAUCUUUAUUGUUUUU